AGGAGACGCGCUGCUAUGAGGAGCGCAGUGGCCGUUGGAGUAGGCGUGACCGCAGAGUCUCCCGCGCUCUACUCCCCGCCCCAUAGUCCUUUGUGUUGCCGCGAGACUACGCGCGCUUCCUCCCCCCAGAAUGAGGCUGAGGCCAGUCUCCGCCCGCCGACCGUGACGUCACGAACCAGGCCCGGGAGACCUGGGGAGGAGCUGAGCGGCGUGCGGCGGCGGACACGACGAGAGAAGCAGCGUGGAGCGGAAAGCCGGGAGAAGCGCAGCAACAUGCAAGCAGUAUCUGCAAAGUGGUACGAUAGGAGGGAUUAUGUCUUUAUUGAAUUCUGUGUUGAGGACAGCAAAGAAGUGAAAGUAGUCUUUGAAAAAGAUAAACUAACAUUCAGUUGUCUGGGAGGAUCCGAUAACAUUAAAUACUUAAAUCAAGUCGAACUGUAUCAGUCUAUUGAGCCCAAUGAGUCUAAACAUAAAAGAACAGACAGAUCUGUCUUGAGUUGUUUACGAAAAGCAGAAUCUGGCCAGUCUUGGCCGAGACUGACAAAAGAGAAAGCAAAGCUCAAUUGGCUUAGUGUGGACUUCAACAACUGGAAAGAUUGGGAAGAUGACUCCGAUGAGGACUUGUCCAAUUUUGAUCGCUUUUCAGAGAUGAUGAACAAUAUGGGAGGAGAUGAAGAUGUAGACUUACCAGAAGUAGACGGUGCAGAUGAUGAUUCACCAGACAGUGAUGAUGAAAAAAUGCCUGACCUGGAAUAAGAAGAUACAUGAUCAUAAAAUGUGGGAGGAGGGUGGGAGAAUGGGUGGAAAGAAUAUUUCAACACACUCUGCAACAGUUGCCGAUACCCAAGUUGUAAAUACAGAGUACUUCCAGUCAGCCUUGUUCGUGUAUCACCGAAUGGCGCUUACCAGGGGUUUAGAAGUUACAAUUGUACGGGACAUCCCUGAAUGCUUAAUAUGGAGCUGCUAAUUUAAAUUAUCAUAACACAUUAGAGUAUAUUGUGUAUCCCUUAUCUUGUUAUGUGGUUAUAGUAAGUUUUCAUUUACUCUUGAUUUAUAUGGGGGCAUAUGUUCUCCAAAAUGAAACGCUGAAUAGAGAACUACAAAGAAAACCACUACAACAUGACUUAAUAAUUAGUCUCCUAAGUACAUUGUGUAUCCAGUAUAUGAGCUCUGUCAAGGGAGUGUUUUCUGUAAUUCUUGCAUUGUCACUGACAGAGUAGCCGUACAAACCAAAAUGAACUCUACAUAUAAUCGACAUUUGAUAUUCAUAAGGGAAUUACUGUUCAUUUUAACAUAGACAUCAGAAGUGCUCCCAGUACUGUUUACACAUGUUCUUAUUUCAAACAGUAGACUUUAAGCCAGGAAUGAGCUUUGGUAGUUGUACCUCUAGAACAAUGACUUAGGGUUUCUGGAUACUAAGUAAGGUGUAUCCCAUUUGUAACCAUGAGUCCUGUACAACUGCUCUGACCCUUAGCAUUUCCACCUUGGAAGAGUGUAGACAGCUGUACAUUGUUUCUCUCAUCAGUCUGUACAUUUAGACCAAAUUGUAUUUGCACUGUCACAGUAUAUAUUAAAAAGGAAAGAGUAACAAUGUUAAUACACUAUACUGUUUUGUUUGUUUUAUUUCUUUAAUUGGGUGAAAAGCCUAAGUUGUAUUGGAAUUGAUGGGGAUUUUUUUAAUUGUCUGCAUUAUUUCUAAUAAACUAUUAAGAGACUUA